AUGUCUGAAACAAUGUCGAAUAAUCAACGAUCUCCGUUUUCUUUUUGGCGUUUUAUUCAAGCAGAAUUUACACGUGAUUAUAUGCUUGAAUGUGAAGAACAAAAAUAUUUAGAAAAACGAGAAAGAAUCUAUAAUUUUCUUUUAAUGUCAUCAAGUCUUGAAAAGUUUAUGCUAUAUGGAUUUUGUCAAUGUUUGGAUACAUUUUUAUAUGUAUGGACUUUUUUACCGAUACGUAUUACACUUGCUCUUAUACAAGCAAUUGGUACAUUAUGUCGAUUACGAACUUCAAAACCUAAUCGUUUAUUUGAACCAGCACAAAUUAUCGAUAUUGUUAAAGGACUUGUUCUUUUUGGUUGUGCUGUACCUAUGUGUUUUAUGGAUAUAUCAGUUGUAUAUCAUGUAGUUCGUGCUCAAGCAGCUAUUAAACUUUAUAUGUUUUUCAAUAUGCUCGAAGUAUGUGAUCGUUUAUUAUCUUCAUUCGGUCAAGAUACACUCGAUGCUGUUUAUUGGACAGCAACUGAACCACGUCGUAAACAUAGUGCCAAAAAAUUAUUUCUAUGGCUUAUUGUAGCUAUUGUUUAUUGUAUAAUUCAUGCAAUACUUGUUCUUCUUCAAGCUAUUACAUUGAAUGUUGCAUUUAAUUCACAAAAUAGAAUGUUGUUAAUUAUAAUGUUAACAAAUAAUUUUAUUGAAUUAAAACAUAGUGUAUUUAAAAAAUUUGAUCGAAAUAAUUUAUUUCAAUUAUCAUGUAGUGAUUGUCGUGAACGUUUUCAUUAUGUUAUUUUAUUAUUUGUUGUUUGUGUACGUAAUCUUGAUCAAUUUAAUUGGGAUAUGAGUCAAUUUUUGCCAUUAAUUGAUUUUAUUGUUGUUGUUUUUGUUGUUGAAUUUUUUGUUGAUUGGGUUAAACAUGGAUUUAUUUUAAAAUUUAAUGAACUUUCAUCAGAAGUUUAUCGAGAAUAUAUAUUAAGUUUAGCUCAUGAUAUGGUUAAAACAAAACAAGAUAUUGCUCUAUCGGAUUAUACAGAUUUACUUAGUCGUCGAUUAGGAUUUAUUCCAUUACCAUUUGCUUGUCUAGUUUUUGGUGUACUCUUUCAAACAAUUAAUGUUAAAACAACUCUAGCAAUAAUUAAUGUUCUAUUAACAUUUUUAUGUCUAUUAGCAUCAAAAAUUGCUGUUGGAACAAUUUUAUUGGGUAUUUCCAGUGAAUAUGUAAUGAAUAAUCGAAAAGAUAGUUCAAAUACUAUAAUUCCAAUUAAAGAACAAAUGACAAAUACUACAAAUGAUCUACCAACAGUUGAAAUGAUGACAACAACAACAAUAACACAGCCAAUAGAAAAAACACAUACACGUAGUAUGAGUCUCGUACAUUUAGAUCAAUUAUAUAAUAAACAAGUAUUAUCUGAAUCAACAACGUUAUCAUCAGUUGAUGGUGGCGAUGAAUUAAAUGAAACAUCAUUUCGUGAUGCUGAUGAUAAUUAUCAAUGUUUAAUUAAUGAUCAAAAUUGUCCACCAGUAUCAAAUUUUUCAAAAGCAUCAAUACCUACUAUUCAUAUUAAUGAUAAUGGGAAUAAUAAUAAUAAUAAUAAUACUUCAACAAUAUUAACAGAUAAAAAUGAUGGAAGUAUUUUUACAUCACAAACAUCAACAACAAAUAAAACAACAGAGUUAAACAAUGUUGAAAGAUAUAAAAUGUGUGGAAAUUCAAUUAUUCAUUGA